AUGACCAAGGCAAAUUAUAAAUCACAGAGUUUAUUUGGUUUACUGUUCCAGGUGGUGAAAGUUUAUGAUGGUGGAGCAGGGACACUGAGCUUUUCGAGUAACAUCAAGAACAUUCCUGACCUGUGGCCCUUCGACUUCGCUGGAUUAUGGUUUUACCUUAUUUCCCCCAGAUUGCGUUGCUUUCAUUCCUCAUGUCUCUGUACAUCCCUCUCUAUCUCCCUGCCCCCACCCCUUUCUGUGACAGCAGCAACUCGAGCAGCCUUGUCCAGUGACAAUGAGGACGGAGCCUCAGAGCCCAACACAGUGCCCAGCUUCUUUGAUGAAGAGGUGUUCACCAGGCAGUAUACCAUCCUGAAAGCCUUAGGCCAGGGUGGCACUGCCAAGGUCAUGCUGGCCCGGCAUCGUCUCACAGGCACGACAGUCGCUGUGAAAGCUCUGCUGAGGCAGGAGAAGUGGUGCGAGUCGAAGACUUCUGAAGUUGACAUCAUGAAGAUUCUCAGCCAUCCUAACAUCAUUUCCCUCCUGCAGGUGAUAGAAACAGAACAGAACAUUUAUUUAAUUAUGGAAGUGGCUGAGGGAGAACAGCUAUUUAAUCGCAUCCAGAGGGCUGGAUGCCUAAAGGAAGAUGAGGCUAGAAGCAUAUUUGUUCAGCUGCUCAGUGCCAUAGGCUACUGCCACGAUGAAGGUGUCAUUCAUAGAGACCUAAAGCCUGACAAUGUCAUAGUGGAUGAGCAGGGAAAGGUGAAAAUUAUUGACUUUGGCCUAGGUGCCAGAUUCAGGCCUGGACAAAAGUUGGAAAGGUUAUGUGGAGCCUUCCAGUUCAUUCCUCCAGAAGUCUUUCUGGGCAUCCCUUAUGAUGGCCCCAAAGUAGACAUCUGGACCUUGGGGGUCCUCUUAUACUAUAUGGUGACAGGGACUGUCCCAUUUGGAGGGGCCACCUUGUCAGAACUUAGGGAACAAGUUCUGAAAGGGAAGUAUGACAUCCCCUAUCGGCUCUCCAAAGAAUUGAGGAGCAUGAUUAGCCUAUUGCUAACAAUGAACGCGAGACAGAGGCCAAUGGUCUGGGACCUCAGGGGUCACCCAUGGCUUCAGAAAGGGGAAGAGAUGUUUACAAUUCAUUCCAAUGAAGUCACCCGCUGCCCAGACCCUGAAAUUGUAGCAGCCAUGCAAAACAUUGGGUUUGAUGUUCAGGAUAUAAGAGAAUCUUUGAAACACAGGAAGUUCAACGAAACAAUGGCUGCAUACAACCUACUGAAAUGUCAGGCAUGCCAGGACAAUGGCAAUAAUGUCCACACAAAGUUAAUGAACCCAGGGGCAACACCCUUCCCUUCUAUUGAAAACCCUAACAUGUUCCCCCUGCCACCCAAGAGGCGGGCUAGUGAACCUUCCCUUCGGACAUUAGUCCCAUCCUCUGGAAGCCCUCAUCUAAGACAAAGGAUGAGGACAAAUGUCCCUGACCUGCUCGAGAAGACACCCACCCAGGGAAGGGGUCACAAACGCUCUAUGACUGCCCCAUGUAUUUGCCUGCUAAGAAACACUAUCAUAUAUGUUGACGAUACCAGCUUUUCCACUAGCUCCCAGUCAGAAAGGACCUUAAGUAGCCUGAAACACAGCGGGACUUCAACCUCAAGCUCCCUGCAGCCCAGGGGCCGGGCAAAAUGUAAGAAGAGGAUUAGGGCAUGCAUUCUCAGACUAUGCUGCUGCAUGUCACCCCACAAAAAGUCUCCAAGGAAGGUGUACUCCAAAAAGUGA